UUCCCCCACCAUCAACUACAAGCUCAUUUUUCCUUCACCGAUCAUCAGGGAAACUCGGCGUAGUCAAGAUGGGCAAAAACGACAAGAAGCCAGCCGACAAGAAAGACGCCGGUAAGUCGGCCGGCGGGAAGAAGGGAGGCAAGGGCGAGAGCGACGACAAAGGGGGCAAGGCCAAGGGCGCGCAGUCCAUCAACGUCCGGCACAUUCUGUGCGAAAAGCAUGCGAAGAAGGAGGAGGCCCUGGCCAAGCUGAGAGAUGGGGCCAAGUUUGACGAAGUCGCCAGAGAGUUCUCCGAAGACAAGGCGAGGCAAGGUGGAUCCCUAGGGUGGAAGACGAAGGGGAGCCUGGAUCCCAAGUUCGAGGACGUUGCCUUUGCUCUUGCCUCGAGCACGACGACAAGCCCGGUUUACGGCGAGGCCAAGACGGAGUUUGGGUAUCACAUCAUCAUGGUCGAAGGCAGAAAGUAAUAGAGCAAUGGUCCGGGGGGUCACAAUUGUCACAUCACGUUUUUCCGCGCCGAGGAUUGUCUUGGUUCAAGAGUGCCCAAUGCCGUUUCUCUUUAUUUGCCCUCAUUGUGACCUGACUGACUUCCAGAAGGAGUCCUCCAUUUUUUGUUUCAAGAUGCCAGCUGAAGAAGCUAGAGUACAACCGAAAGAUUCGUUCGUAAGCGACGGUUCCAAGUAAAUUCCCCGCCGACCCUCUAUUCCCUUCUCCCCGUAGUGACGCCCAAAUUCAAAUCAUGAAGCAUUCCCGAAUUUACUGCUCGGUCUGGAAGUAGUUGAGGAGGAUGGAACGCUCCUGGGACUCUUCACCCCAGUCCUUGACGACGACGCAAGAGCAGUUGACGACCUU